AACCCAACAAUUGACAGCCGGGAUCAACCAAAAUGCAUUCUUUGAGAUUACCAAGUCUGGGUCUGGUCUUGUGCCUGAUCGGCAUCUUCAGCGGGAGUGCAUCGGCCAAGCUGGAGGAGAAGUUCUCGUGGAAACAGCUAGCCUUCGAUUGGCCCUCUCCGGAGGCCGAGGCGGAGGCCAAGUCUAAUGGCCACUACAUCGAGGAGAACAACCUGCCACUGGGCGUGGAGCGCUGGCAAAACAGAAUCUUUGUCACUGUGCCAAGAUGGAAGGCUGGAGUGGCUGCCACUCUCAACUACAUCGAUCUCAACUCUACAGAGAAAUCCCCUAAGCUUCAUCCUUAUCCCAGCUGGGAAGCCAACAAACUCCCUAUUGAUGUUAAGCCGCAGGAUCAGAAGACACCAUCGGGUGGACGUCUGGAUGCUGACAAGGCUCAGGAUGCUGGGGUCGAGCUGAAAAACAACUCCACCAUUAUUUCCACAUUCCGUAUUCAAGUCGACGUGUGCGAUCGUCUGUGGGUUCUGGAUACUGGUCUGGCCGAUAUCCUCGGUAGUCCCAAGCAGAUUACACCAAACUCCAUCCUGGUUUUCGAUCUGAAGACUGAUACUCUGCUGCGUCGUUUCACCAUUCCAGCGGAUCAGACCAAGGAGGAUACUUUCUUUGCCAACAUUAUUGUAGAUUCCGAUCGCUCGGAGUGCCAGGAUGCCUUUGCCUAUAUUCCUGACUUGGGCGCCUAUGGAGUCAUUGUGUACUCUCUGAGAAACGACAAGUCCUACCGCGUCAAGCACAACUUCUUCCACUUCGACCCCCUGCAGGGUGAUUUCAACGUGGCCGGCGUAAACUUCCAGUGGACUGAUGGAGUCUUCGGCAUGGCCGUUGGUCCUAUGAACCCCGAUCACUCAAAGGAUAUCUACUUCCAUGCCUUGGCCAGCACCAAAGAGUUCAAGGUCUCGAACCGUGUGCUGCAGAAUGAAUCGCAUGUGACUGGCGGAGAUUCGUAUUAUGACUUCAAAUAUGUGGGCGAUCGUGGAAUGAACGGCCAAUCCACAGCCGAGGUCUUUGAUCCCGAGACCGGCGUUAUUUUCUACACUCAGGUGAACAAGGAUGCCAUCGCAUGCUGGAACAUCAAGCGACCAUACACUCCAGACACCCAAGGCCUGAUCGAUUCCGAUUCACACACACUGGUCUUCCCCAACGACAUGAAGAUCGACAACGAAGGAACCAUCUGGGUUCUUUCCGAUAAGAUGCCAAUGUAUCUGUACAAGGAGCUGGAUCCCUCGGCCGUCAACUACCGCAUUCUGACUGGCCAGAAUCGUGAUCUCAUCAAGGGUACACCGUGUGAAAUGUAAACACCCAGUGUAUCAGUGAUACAGCAGAAUCUUUAGAAUAAUCUAAGGUUAUUCUGUUAGGUUAAAGAUUUCUGCAACAUCCUUGUACAUUUUGGUCGAAAUUUCGUGACGCG